AUGCAGAAUCUCGUAACUAUUUGUGGUGGAGUAAAUAGCAACCGUCUUGUUUGUUAUGCAACAGUGACUGUGGUGUUAUUGAACAGCCGUGAAUAA